UAGAGCAAACAAUUCAUUCAGUCUAGCAAAGCUAAGCGAGCUGAAAGUACAUAAUAUUUAAUAUUGUGCGGUUGCAUAUUGUCAACAAAGUUGAAGAAAAUAUUUAGUAAAUAACUAUAAAAUAAAUAAAAUCAAAAUGGAACGUUGGGCCAAUCGUGUUGCAGUGGUUACAGGCGCUAGUGCGGGCAUCGGUGCUGCUAUUGUACAAAAAUUAGCCGAAAAUGGCAUGGUUGUUGUGGGUUUGGCGCGUCGCAAGGAGAAAAUAGAAUCGCUGCGUGACGAAGUGAAGCCCGAAGCACGUGAUCGUAUACAUGGCAUUGAAUGUGAUAUCACUGUGGAGCAACAGAUCAUUGAUGCCUUCAAAGAGGUCGAAAAGACCUAUGGUCCAGUAGCUGUGUUGGUCAAUAAUGCCGGCACCGGACGUGAAACGAAAUUGGUGAAGGAGGGCAAUACCGAAGACAUACUCGUUACGUUAAAUACAAAUGUGUUGGGCAUUGUGUAUAGCACACGCGAGGCUUUCCGUUCGAUGAAGGAGAAUGGCGGUGAUGGACAUGUUUUCCUCAUCAACAGUGUAGCGGGACAUAAUGUGCCCUACUUACCUAAUACAAAUAUAAAUAUGUAUGCACCAACCAAGUAUGCCGUUACGGCCAUGACUGAAGUCUAUCGUCAGGAGUUCUUGAGUCUGGAGACCAAAAUCAAAGUAACGAGCAUUAGCCCUGGUGUCACUGAAUCGGAGGGUAUCAAGAAGCAUCGUCAUAAGAUGCCUGAAGUUUCUGCCAUGUUGCAACCCGAAGAUAUUGCUGAUGGCUUGAUCUAUUGUCUGGGCACGCCACCACAUGUGCAAGUGCACGAAUUGACCAUUAAACCUGUGGGCGCCACCAUUUGGUAGUUUAUUCUCGGUUGGAGUGUGAUAUACUAAGCGCUAUGCGUUUAGUUUAUUUGUUGCUGUAAUGAGUCUACUAAAUAUAUACAUAAGUUUUAAUUUAAAAUAAAAAUAAAAAAAUAUUAUUAAAUUAAAAAUCCAAAAAAAAAAA